AUGGCUACUGAACGCCUGAAAAUAGAAAGUGCAAGGUCUCGAAAGCUCAGAGAGCUUCUCUAUCUUUUUUCCAAUCCGUUACAAUCGCUAGAAGCUUUCAAAGCAAGGAAUACCUCACAAGUCGCUCACGACUUCUACAACGCCAACGAUGUAUCAAAAAAUGAGCCAUUGCUGAUCAGCUUUCUUCCAUAUGUUACUGAUAAAGAGUCGUUGAAAAGCCAGUUGGAGCUCGCUUUGCAGAGUGAACUUUUCCAACCUGAACACCUCAAGAGAGAGGCAGAAGCAGCUGAACUAGAAAGGCCAGUGAAAAGUCGAAAGACCAGCCUCACAGACUACCCUAGCCGAUUAAUGCCAGAAGAUAAUAAGCUGAAAAAGAAGAAGCUGCAAGUUGCGUCCCUCAAAACUCAAGUCGAGGCUCUUGAUGAGCAGACAAACGAGUUCCUUAAUAAGGAUAUCCUGGACUUAGAUGUGCUCCUGGUUCCUGAAAACUUCCCGUCAGAGGUCCACGCUGUAUCUUCGCUAGCCGAGCUUUAUUACUUGACGCAAACGCUUCCACUUAUCAAGCUCCUUCCAGGAUCCCACAAGACACUCAUGACAGACAACUUCGAGCUGGCUCUUCUCGAAGGAAAGAUCGCAGUCUUGUACUCCCGUAUAGAAGAGCUUAAAAGACAGAAGAAGUGGUCACUAAGGCAGCCCAUCAGAUACUACGACCCAUACAUAUAUUCGAAGAAGAACAAAAAGUCCAAAUCGCACACCUGGGACGUCCUACUAGACGAGGGCAAAUGGUUGUCGGCUGAUUUCAAAGAAUCAACCAAAUUCAAGAAGGCUUGCUGUUUCACUAUCGCGCAAGGUAUUCGUGACUACUGGUCCUACGGCAAGGUGAUGUGCAUCAAGCGUGCUCCAAUCCAGCAUCUAGACGAUAAAGCUAUCGCGAGUGCGGCAGAUGUUGAUCAGAUUAUGGAAGAAGUCGAUGCUGCUAAGGACACGGCUGAUGAAGAGGAACAAGAGACAAAUGAACCCGCAACGCCCGAGAAGUUUGAUGGUAUGCGGGAAGACCCGGCUGAUGGUGAAACCAUCGACAUCAGCGAGCUCUUGAAAAGGCCCGAUCCAGCCACGGAAAUUCCAACGCCUGAUCUUCCGAACUUCAGCUUGGAGGAGCUCGAGGAAGCUAACAUUUCUGCUGUGGACAACAGCAUGCUCAAGACGCACGCAAACAUCGCUGACCUCAGAAAAAUCGACCAAUCGAUCGUCCAAAACUUACCCAGAUAUAGUGCUUUCGAUGGUACUGAGCAGUCUCACGUUCCUGGUCAACUGAACGAGAAUUCUAUCAUGCCGGUGUCAAGGAUGCUAUACCCCACUGACGAAGAAGAUGGCUGGUUCAAGAUUAUCUUGAAGGACAGCAAGGGCUCAGAGGUUGGUAGCUCCAAGAUUCCAGGCCCACCAGAAUACCAAAAGGGUCUUUUCGCCCCUCUUGUCAGGAAUAUCGAGUACAGAUCGCCAACCAUUUGGCUUCCACAAGACGAUAUGUACCUCAUUCAUUACGUCGCGGAGUACUGCUUCAACUGGGAUCUUAUCGCUGCUAACUUAGCGUCUCAUUCGGCGACAUUGAAGAGAUACGAGUCCAAUAUCGAGAGAAGAACCCCAUGGCAAUGUUUCGAGAGAUAUAUCCAGCUCAACGAAAAAUUCCAAUUCUCAGACAUGAAAGGCAUCAAUGCAUAUCCCGCACAGCAGUGGCUCGAGCACGCCCAUAAGGCUCAACUGACCACCAAGAGAAGAAUCUCCCCGCUUGGCGUGGGAAAUGAAUCGAUACAGAGAGGCCACAGAAAGUUGAGAUGGGCAUCGAUGUUUGAUGCCAUGAGAAAGACUAUGCGCAAGCGUGAACAAGCGCUCGCCAAAGCCAACCCACGUAGACCUGCCAACAACUCGAACGAUUACAGCGUACAGAAUAGCGUUGCAAAUGGAGGUCGCUCAAGUGAUGAUACGCUCUCUCCAGCAGAGCUUCUGGACCUCAAAUUCGACAGAGACAGAGCUACCCAGGAGACACACAGAACCCAAGAGGCCACGAGGGCCCGUAUGCUCAAUGCUGUUUCCCAGCUGCAAAAAGCUUCGCAAGGAUCUUCCCCUGUUGGUCAGCAACAAGGAUUGGCUCAGAAGGCUAACCCACAGCAACGUGACCAGGCUCACAAUGCCGCUGUGGCCGCAGCCGCUGGAGUUCCUCAGCGCCGUGUUUCUCAUGCUCCUUCCCAAUUGCAUGGCAUGCAGCGGGCACAGGGUAAUAUGGCUGGAAAUGCUGCUACUUUGCUGAGACCACAGACUGUUGGACCCGGCACGCAGCUUCAGCAGGGCCAGCAGGCUGGUCUCAUCAACAACAUGAAGAGACCAACAACGCCAAAUGGUACACCCUACACGAAGGAACAGCUUCAGCAGCUUGUUCAGCUUCAAAAGCAGAGAAGAUUGAUGCAGCAGCAGAACCAGGCUGGUGGCAGCGUCACAGGAUCUGGUCAAACCAACAUGGCCAAUCUUCAGGGCACCUCUGCUCAAGGCAGAAGAGUUCAGGGAUUCCAUCCUACUCAACAAGGUUCUGGUCAGAACUUUGCUGGUCAAGCAGGCGUGGGUGUUGCUAGUGGAGCCGGUACCUCUGCUUCAUCGCAAGCAGCCAUGGCACAGGCCAAGAGAACAGGUACUCCUACCAAGAAGGGACUUCAGUUUCCAGCAGCUCAAGUUUCCGCCAUCAUUAAUUCUAUUCAGCAGAAGAACCCCAACUUGACUAAGGAGCAGGUCACCAAGCUAGCUGCGUCCUACCUCGCGAACAUCCAGCAACAACAGCAAAACCGUUUACAGCAGCUGCAGCAACAGCAGCAGUCUCAGCAGGGCUCUGCUCGUUCGCCUACAACCAUGUCUUCCUCAGUACAACAAAACCUAGGUCUGGCCAGACAGGCUCAUCUUCAGCGUCAACGGAUGGCCGAAAAGGAGUUGGAUGCACAAAAACUUUCUAAGCUUCAGUACGAAGAACGCAAGAAGCUUAUGAUGCAAAGCCAGCCUUCGUCACCUUACGUGCAAGGAGGAAAAAGCCCGGCGAUGGGUACCUCACCUACACCAACCAACCCCAAAAGCAGGGCACAAGCGGCGGCGCAGAAAAACUACGGUAAGUAUCCUGGCAUGGGUGCUCGCAGCAAGAAUAAUGGCAGCGAGGAUCUGAGUAACGAUUAA